AGGGACUUCAUUUCGACUUAUACGCGAGCAGAAGCGGCAAAGGUCUUAAACGGGCUCAUUUUUUUAACUGAUGGAUCAGAAACGGAAAGACGACCUGCUCAGGAGAAGGUCAUUCGGAAGCGCGUACUCAGCCUCGCUUCACGCCUCGCUGCUGUGUCGAAUGCUGGUGGCCUGUAUUUACAAAUUAUUGUGGAUAUAUGCAUCGUUUACGGACCCAAAAACUCUACGAAAGUGAAUGAAUUGGUCGGUAAAGCAGUGAAAUCAAAUCCUAUAUUACUACAGGAAUUUCGUAACUCCGCCGCGCCGUCUUUCGUCUCGAUCUUGCUUUCUUCGGACAGCGGACUCCAUGCCUUACGGAAGACAGCUUACUGUCUAAAAUGCCUUUUACAAAGUGUCCCAUCGGUCGUUAUCGAUGAAUUCUUAAAAGACAACGAAUUUAUCAUGGCGAUCGCAAAAUGCUACGACUCACGCCUUUCUGCGAUAGCCGCGGGCUACGGUGGGAUCAACAUCGACCGCGUUGACGAGACCGAAACCACUACGGUGUGGAUCGGAUGCAAAGUCGCGCUAAUCGACUCUUUCCAUGUACUACUGGAACGCAUUCUGAACCAAGUUCGCGCAGAUCCUCGAACUCAUGCCGAACGCGCGUUCGGAAUACUAUUCGCGCUUCUUAACCUCCCAUCCGCGUCCUCACAAUCUUCUGUGCGACCGACUCCAUUCCUGAAUCGGACUUUGGUCGCAGAUUAUCAAGAUGCGUGCGGCUUAUCGUCCACGUUAGCAUCUGUGCUGUCAAACAACGACGAUCCGAGACUUGACGUUUUGGAGGCAACGUUGAAGUCCUUCGAGACCGAGAUCGACAACGACAACAAGGCCGGAGCUCUUAGGGUUGUUCUCCGUUCGAACGGAGUUCCUCCAGGAAUUGAUAAUCGCGGAGUAAGUGCGAAAGGAAAGGACCGUGCCGCUCCCGAACCCGAGCCCAUUCCUGGCAUCGAGCUCGACGCUGCAGUAUCGAGUGUUCUAGAUAUCCUUCCGGACCAAGACCCUGGAUAUGUACGAGACCUCCUAGCAUUACCACGGUACGACGGCAACGCUGAACGCAUUGUGGCGGCGCUACUUGAGGGCGACGCUCCUCCACCAUCUACAUUGAGAACUGAAUCCGAAACGGUCCCGGCUCCAGUUCUCCAUGCACCACUUCCUGAACGCCGUAAUGUAUUCAACGAGCAGCCUAUUGAGGCCACAACUGUAAACAUCGGAAAGCGACGUGGGGACGCGGACGUCGUAUUACAGGAUCGUGCGUUCCUUGAUCAGAUGAAAGCCGAUAUCCUCCGUCGUGCUGCGGAACUAUCAGAUUCCGACGGAGAAGAGGUCGACGCAGAGGACGAGGACUUAGAAUCAGUUCUAGAUGGCGCAGUUAAAGUCAUUGGAGAUGGAGAAGGGAGCGGAGAAGGGAGCGAGGAGGACGAAGAAGGCGAGGGUGAAGCGCAGGCUCCUGCCCCUCCACAAACACCCGAAACAAUCUGCGAACUCGCAUAUAUCAAAGAUCCGAGUGUGUUCGAUCGCGACUCCUUUACGCGUCGCUCGAAAUCGCGUGCGGACUUGAAAGCUCAGACAGGUUGGUCUGACGAGCAACUUGAAGGAUGGCGAAUUAUGCUAGAGAAAAGCCCGAAGAAAGACAAAAUUCUCCAGAAACACGAGUUCGCUGGUAACAAAAAGGGUCUCAUACCUGGUUCAUCUUCAGGUCAAACCGGUGGAAGUUCUCGUGGAGGUCGUGGACGAGGACGAGGGCGUGGUGGACCCGGCCGGGGUAGAGGCAGAGGUGGAAGAGGCGGUGGAGAGAGUGCUAAAGGGGAUGGCGGCGACGCAAGAGAACGUGCAUGGAAGGACAAAAACAAAGCGCGUCAAGCAAAUCAUAAUCGAAAGAGGGGACACGAUAGGAAGAUGGCUCGCGGGGGCGCAAUUCCUGGCCCUUCGACAUGAAUGGUGUCUUCAAACAAACUCAGUCAUUGUACAUUGCUUGGCAACAGAUCAUAGAAAUACAUGGGCUGUAAUCAAUAC